AUAAAUUUUAUUACUUGCUUACCCUAUGCUACACCCUUUUUUUUGUUAUACUUGGCCAUCGAUUGGGAUAUGUAGUAAGAGUCGAGUCAAUAAUAUAGAGCAUUGGCAAGUUUGAGUUGUCAAGUACAGUGGUUGGUUGCCUUACUUUCAUAUUUUGGUAUAGAUCAUCAGCAACCUGUUAUGAUUUAUUGUGACAACAAGUAUGCAAUUCUUAUUGCAGAAAAUCCAAUUUUUCACGAGAGGACAAAGAUAUUGAAGUCAACUGUCACGUCAUAAAGGAAAGGGUUCAAUCAAGUUUGAUCACAUUGCGUUACACACUCACAAAACUUCAACUGACAAACAUAUUCACAAAGAGUUUGUCUAUUGAUCGUUUUACCAUGUUAUUGUCCAAAGCUCGGUGUAUACAAUCUAUACUCGUCAUCUUGUGGGAGAAUGAAAAGGAGCAUGUAUGAUGAAGAAGAUGAUAGUGCAUAACAUGCUCUUGGAAGAUCGGUUGCCACUAGUGAGGGUUAAUUGCACAGGAUGCCACUUAACUUCACCAUUUUUUGCACGAUAACCACCUAAAUAAGUUUUGUUAUUUGUUGCAACUAAACCACUUAUACCUAAUUCUGGUAGCACUGUUACCAUUUUCGUCUCCAUCGCUAAUAGCAGGUGCUAAAACAUAAAUAACCACGCCAACUCAGCUGCCACGUCAGCUGCAGACUCACCUAUCUCAUAUUUACCUCAACCCAUUUAAGUCCAAUAAAUGGACUCAUCCCUCCUCCCAAAAAAACCCAUCGACCCUUUCCUCCUUCUCUUUCCUUUCCACACCCAAACCUUCCCUAAUCCCUAUUAUCAAACCAGAGAAAAUCUUAUUUUUCAAUCCUUUCCUUCUUCUGCUUCAUCUGUCCUAUGUCUAGAUAAUUGCACUUCCAUUUCAGGCUCUUUUCCUUAAUUUCUUGGUUGCUAUUCCUUCAUUCAUUCUCGCCAAAGGGAUCCUUGUUCUAUCGCUUCCUUUCAGACUCUUCAAACUCAAACAAUAAGAGAUCCGGUGCUUGAAGUGGAGUGCCCUACAUUUUCGCCCAUUGAUCAACCAACAGCAAAGAAGGAAAACAAACACCAAAACAGAGCACUCAAAGAAACGAGAAGUCACUCACCUAUUUUUCCAUCAUUUCAUGAACAAGCUAUCUUCGUUGCUCCUUUAAAAUCCCUAUCAAUAAGAAGGAAAGAAGUAGAUGAGGAACCAUAAUCUGCUUUCCUUCCUUCUUCGCGACUCCUUUCUUAAUGGAAUGAAGAAACAGAGUAGAGCAGCAACAGGGUGAAAUAAAUACCGAUGUUUUUUUGCAGCAAGCUUUCCUUCCUUCUUCGCGCAAUCAUCGUCUUGCUCGUAUAAUCUCCUUGACGAUUGUUUUUGUUUUCUGCAGGGAACGGUGGUGACGGUUCGGCUGUCGGAGAAUGGUUCCGAGAAUGAGAAGUGUCCCUUGCGUAAAAGGAAACUUUGGAUUUAGUGCGCCCAUCGAAUUUGGUGGCCCACAAGAGAGUCUGUAGCUGAGUUGGCGUGGUUAUUUACAUUUUAGCACAUGCCGUUAGCAAUGGAGAUGGAAAUGAUAAGAGUGCUACCGGAAUUAAAUAUAAGUAGUUUAGUUGCAACAGAACUUACUUAGUUGGUUAUCGUGCAACAAAUAGUGAAGUUAAGUGACAUCCUAAGUAAUUAACCCCAACAAGUGAUAUCGAAGGAAAAAGGGUAAAUACAAUUUAAUAUCCAAACCUUUCAUUUUAAACAAUAUAAUAGCCAAACCUUUUGGAAAACAAUCUAAUAUCCAAAUCGUCAACUUUCCGUUCGUUUGACCAUUAGUUGACACUUCAAAAAAGUUCGAAGUAUGACGCUUCAUCAAUAUCCAUCGAUAUCUUCUCUGAAAAACCAGCAACAUAUCGUGGUUCCAAACCCGAGAAGUCCAUGAUUCCACCAUGAUGGUAUAGAAUAUCUAAAUAUUCAGUCAUCUGCAAUGCCAAAACAAGAAAACAAAGUUGUAUUGUGACAAUUUCCCCUAAACAAAACUUUUUUGAAGUGUCAACCAACGGUCAAACGGACGGAAAGUUGAUGAUUUGGAUAUUAGAUUGUUUUCGAAAAGGUUUGGCUAUUAUAUUGUUUAAAAUGAAAAGUUUGGAUAUUAAAUUGUAUUUACCCAAGGAAAAAUGAAGAAGUUCGAUUAAGGCCAGAAUGCUGAGAAAGAAGGCCAGAGGCUUGCAACGCACCGUUUCAUAUUUGUUAGCUAGCUAUUGAAUUUUUACGGUAUAUAAUAUGAGCAAAUUUCCCACAAUUCCUUAAUCUCUUUUCUCUCUACUUCUUCCCUAAGUUGUCAAACUUCUGGGUAACCCGACCUAUAGUCCAUAUUCCCUUUUUGUUUAUAUUCUAGUUGGCUAAUGGUAACUUUACCCAUUUCUAAAUAGUUAACUGCAGCGCUACUGAACUCCACUGGAUUUGAUUGAAGAAGCUCGGAGAGAGUGAGGGCGAGGCAGCAGAAACCUCGCGGAAGAAGAAGAGCCAUGGAUCGUCACCCUCGCCAUAGCACUAACCUCCCUCUGGUUCAAGGAAGCACUUCGAGAGUUGACUUUCCCAACUCAUCAGCUGACAACAAUUCUUCCCCUGCUUCUGGGCCUUCGAUGGAUGCUGUCUUGGGACCUGUUCCUUCCCAUCUAGAAGUUGAAUCCGCCAUAGCCUCCCUUCAGGAUUUCAUGAGUCAGAUGUCGCAACUGAAACAGCAGAGGGCAUCAUCAUCUAAUGGACACACCAGAGUUGAGGAAGCUUUCCAGUUGCUGCAAUCCGAUCCAGCCAUUCAGAAACUGGUGGCCGCUCUAGCAACCGAUAAGGCUGUGUGGGAUGCUGUUAAGAAGAACGAUAUGGUUCACAGACUGCGAGACCACCGACCCGCAGCUGCAGUUGAAAGCUUUAGGCUCCGAAGCUGCGAAAAGGAAGCAGCUGCAACUGAGUUGGAAGAGGCGCAGCAUUUGGUGAGGUGGAUAAUGGACAUUGCUUCCAGGAUUACGGAUCUCAUCCACAAAUGGCAAUGCCUAAUGCACGUUCUGACUCACCCUUUGGAGAAGGGAAGCUACGAUGGCGGGACGCCACACUCGGCAGAUCAGCUGCUCACUGAUCAGAGAAUUGGGUUACCAUUGCUGCUCGCUGUUGUCACCCUCUUGAUCGUAGUUGUUGCAAGGGCACAAGGGGUGCAUUGUUGGUAGAAACUUGUAGUUCAAAACAGGCCAACUGUUGUUGCAAAGGCAAACGCCACAAUGCCGAUUACCGGCCAAUUGUGAUUACUUAGUCCUCCAGUCUGAUAUCUUUGUACCAGUAUGGCUCAACUUUCAGUUCUAAAAUCGAACGGAAUGGAAUGUAUCUGUCUCGCAGUCUGUCUCGCGGCCAACACUCUUCCUUUCAUAGAAUUCACAUGUAUGUAGAACCACAAAUUAUGGCACCGGAAGGGAAUUCUAUACUUAAAUCACAGAAAUCAUUAUUAUCAACAUUGCAGAAAAUAGUGCAGUAUGUGACUAGCAAUGAUGAAAAUACCUCUUGCUGAUGAGUCUCACAAUUAACUCUAAUUCUCUUUCCAAACUAGCUUGAGUCUCGACCACGCGUUUGCCACUUCGAUCUGGUAAAGAAAGGUUGUCCAUCAAGCUGCACGAACCCACUGCUGGAGGGCACAAGAGCCAAUUGUGUAGGGGCAGUUGUGGUCGUCGAGCUGGGAGUUGUUAGGGCUGUUGAAGAAGAAGAAGUAGAGACACCUGAAGAACAGAUUAGCGGAAAUCUUUAGUCCUAAUGUUCGUAACCCAGUAACUACUUCAUCAAUACAGCUCUGGCAUUGCAAGCUUCAAAGUGAUCGGAGCCUUUGUCAGCAGCAUGGCAGGAACGGCAACAAACUAAUUGAUAGGGUAUCAUAGUAAUCAAGGGAUUAAUACCAU